AUGGCGACCACUUCCAACAUGUUCCUUUACUCGCUGACGAUUCAGCCGCCAACAAAUGUCGUCCAAGCAGUUCUGGGGCAGUUUGCUGGCACAAAAGAGCAGCUCAUCAUCACGGGUUCCGGCUCUCAGCUGACUAUUCUGCGUCCUGAUCCAGCGCAGGGUAAGGUCAUCCCCUUGCUAUCACACGACAUUUUUGGAGUUCUGCGCUCCAUCGCGGUUUUUCGUUUAGCUGGAAGCAGUAAAGAUUAUAUCAUUCUCGCCACCGACUCUGGUCGAAUAACUGUUCUUGAGUAUCUUCCCUCGCCGAACCGUUUCAGUCGCCUGCAUAUGGAGACGUUUGGCAAAACGGGCAUUCGCAGAGUCGUGCCAGGCGAAUACCUUGCAUGCGACCCCAAGGGAAGAGCUUGUCUGAUAUCUGCUGUUGAGAAGAACAAGCUCGUGUAUGUUCUCAACAGAAACUCACAAGCAGAGCUCACAAUCUCUUCUCCGCUCGAGGCGCAUAAACCUGGCGUGCUGGUCAUAGCCCUAACCGCCCUUGAUGUCGGCUACGCGAACCCCGUCUUUGCCGCCUUAGAGAUCGACUACACCGAAGUAGACCAAGACAACACGGGAGAAGCUUUGUCCGAGGUCGAAACCCACCUCGUAUACUAUGAACUGGAUCUUGGACUCAAUCACGUGGUCCGAAAAUGGUCCGACCCUGUUGACCCUACUGCCUCCCUGCUCUUCCAGGUGCCAGGUGGAAAUGACGGCCCCAGUGGUGUUUUGGUUUGUGGUGAGGAGAAUGUUACCUACCGCCAUUCCAACCAGGAUGCAUUACGUGUGCCAAUCCCUCGUCGGCGAGGCGCCACUGAAGACCCUUCUCGAAAACGCAACAUCGUGGCCGGCGUGAUGCAUAAACUCAAAGGCAGUGCUGGUGCUUUCUUCUUUCUACUGCAGACUGACGACGGUGAUCUAUUCAAAAUCACAAUCGAUAUGGUUGAGGAUGAAGAGGGAGCUCCAACUGGCGAGGUGCAGCGGAUGAAGAUAAAAUACUUUGACACUGUGCCAGUUGCCACGAGUCUCUGCAUUUUGAAGAGUGGGUUUCUCUACGUUGCCAGUCAAUUUGGUAACUACGCGUUUUAUCAGUUCGAAAAGCUCGGUGAUGACGACGACGAGCUGGAGUUCUCGAGCGAUGAUUUUCCCGUCGACCCACUGGCUGCGUACGAGCCCGUCUACUUCUAUCCCAGACCGGCGGAGAACCUGGCUCUUGUUGACAGUAUUCCUGCAAUGAACCCUCUGCUAGACUGCAAGGUAGCCAAUCUCACAGGCGAGGAUGCUCCCCAGAUUUAUAGUAUUUGCGGCAACGGCGCUCGAAGCACAUUCAGAACGAUAAAGCAUGGUCUAGAAGUCAACGAAAUCGUUGCGUCCGAGCUCCCUGGUGUUCCAUCCGCAGUUUGGACCUUGAAGCUGAACAGUGAUGAGCAGUACGACACAUACAUUGUACUGUCCUUUACCAACGGCACAUUAGUCCUCAGCAUCGGCGAGACUGUCGAGGAAGUCAGUGACUCCGGUUUCCUUACCAGCGUUCCUACCAUUGCAGCCCAGCUUCUCGGAACGGAUGGUCUCAUUCAGGUGCAUCCAAGGGGAAUUAGGCAUAUUCGCAAUGGGAACGUGAACGAGUGGUCAGCCCCUCAGCACAGAUCCAUCGUUGCGGCAUCGACCAAUGCACAUCAAGUAGCAAUUGCCCUGAGCUCUGGCGAAAUCGUUUACUUUGAAAUGGAUUCGGACGGAUCGCUCGCGGAAUACGAUGAGAAAAAGGAAAUGUUUGGAACCGUCACGGCCCUCAGCCUUGGCGAGGUUCCUGAGGGUCGUGUUCGUAGCUCUUUUCUCGCUGUUGGUUGCGACGAUGCUACCGUCCGUAUUUUGAGCCUAGACCCCGAGUCGACUCUCGAGAAUAAAUCGGUACAAGCAUUGACUGCUGCACCUACAUCUCUGGCCAUAAUUCCUAUGGAUGACUCGUCAUCCGGCGGAUCAACACUCUAUCUGCAUAUUGGUCUUCACUCUGGCGUUUAUCUUCGCACUGUUUUGGAUGAAAUCACCGGAGACCUGUCCGAUACGCGGCAGAAAUUUCUUGGGCCUAAGCCAGUCCGACUAUUCCAAGUCUCUGUUGGCGGCCGUACCUGUGUUCUCGGUCUGAGCUCCCGUCCUUGGCUUGGAUAUGCGGACCCUAUCACCAACAGCUUCGAGAUCACUCCCCUAAAUUACGUCGAUCUCGAAUGGGGCUGGAACUUCAGCAGUGAACAGUGCGAAGACGGUGUGGUUGGCAUUCAAGGGCAAUCUUUGAGAAUAUUUUCAAUAGACCGUCUGGGCGAGACUCUCAUUCAGAGUUCGAUUCCACUUACAUAUACUCCAAAGAAGUUUGUCAAGCACCCAAGCGAGCCUCUUUUCUAUACGAUAGAAGCCGACAAUCAUACACUGCCUCCAGAUCUGCAGGCUAAGCUGUUGGCAGAUCCUGCGGCCGUCAAUGGCGACGCCAAGGUGUUACCUCCCGAAGAAUUUGGUCACCCUAGAGGUAAUCGUCGAUGGGCAUCCUGCAUCAGCGUAGUUGACCCGGUCUCGGAAGAGCCAAGUGUCCUGCAGAAGGUUGACUUUGAGAAUAAUGAAGCUGCUGUCAGCGCAGCUGUUGUUAGCUUUGCAAGCCAGGACAAUGAAAGUUUUCUGGUUGUGGGUACUGGGAAGGAUAUGAUCCUCAACCCGCGGAGCUCAUCGGAGGCAUACAUAUAUAUUUAUCGCUUCCAAGAGGGUGGCCGCGAACUCGAAUUUAUUCACAAGACUAAAAUCGAGGAGCCAGCAAUGGCUUUAUUGGCCUUUCAGGGCAAGCUGCUGGCAGGUAUUGGUAAAACACUGCGUAUGUAUGAUUUGGGCAUGCGCCAGCUGCUUCGCAAAGCCCAAGCCGAAGUCGUGCCUCAGCAGAUUGUGUCGCUUAACACCCAAGGAAGCCGCAUUGUGGUCGGCGACGUUCAGCAGGGUGUGACACUCGUCGUUUACAAGCCAGCUUCAAACAAGCUCAUUCCGUUUGCCGACGACACUAUCGCUCGCUGGACCACAUGCACGACUAUGGUAGACUACGAAUCAGUUGCGGGUGGCGACAAAUUUGGUAAUAUGUUCAUCGUGCGCAGCCCUGCCAAGGCAAGCGAGGAGGCGGACGAGGAGCAGGCUGGAUUGCACCUAGUCAAUGCUCGUGACUACCUGCAUGGUGCGCAGCAUCGCCUCGAGCUGAUGUGCCAUUUUUUUACACAAGAUGUCCCAACCAGCAUCAACAAAACCAGUCUGGUCGUUGGAGGACAAGAUGUCCUGCUUUGGAGUGGUAUCAUGGGGACCAUCGGUGUCUUCAUACCCUUUGUGAGCCGCGAAGACGCCGACUUCUUCCAGAGCUUGGAACAGCACCUUCGCACAGAAGAUGCACCUCUUGCAGGGCGAGAUCACCUCAUGUACCGCAGCUACUAUGCGCCAGUCAAGGGUGUGAUUGACGGAGAUCUGUGUGAGCGAUUUGCCGCUCUGCCAAAUGACAAGAAGCAAAUGAUGGCAGGAGAAUUAGACCGCUCCGUCCGCGAAAUUGAGCGCAAGAUUUCCGAUAUCCGCACGAGAUCAGCCUUUUGA